UUGAGAAAUUUUUUUAAGGGCGAUGAAGAAAUUUCAAAACUUUACUGCUAUUAUAAACAAGAUCAUCCUUAUUUACUGCUCGCUCCAUUCAAAGUUGAAAUCGUAAGGUUUGAUCCGUUGGCGGUUAUCUUUCAUGAUGUGAUAUCUAACGAAGAAAUCAGCAUUAUUCAAGAAGUUUCUCAUUCGCGGCUUGAAAGGGCUCAAGUUGUGAGUCCAGCAACGCGGAGAAGGGAACCUGCUUCUUUCCGUAUAAGUAAGAAUGUUUGGCUGGAAAACAACGAGCACGAAAUAGUGGAGCGUCUGAAUCGAAGAAUUCAUCUUAUGACAAAUUUGGAUCUAAAAUUUGCCGAAGAUCUUCAAAUCGCGAAUUAUGGUAUUGGUGGCUUCUAUGAUGUGCAUUACGAUUUUUUCGGGAAAAACAGCCCACUCCUUGAAUCUCUUCCUGAAGGUAAUCGCAUCGCAACUGUGUUGUUCUACAUGAGUCAGCCUGAAAUUGGUGGUGCAACUGUUUUUAUUCCGAUUAAAACAACAGUUCUGCCUUCGAAAAAUAGCGCACUAUUUUGGUACAAUUUAGCGCGCAAUGGUGAAGGAGACCAUAGAACUCAGCAUGCAGCUUGUCCGGUACUUGUAGGCGUUAAGUGGAUAGCAAAUAAAUGGAUCCAUGAAGCUGGUCAGGAAUUUCUCAGACCAUGUGGUUUAAAAGAGACUGAUCAAGAAGCGUUCGUUGGUGACCUUGGAGGACCAGUUCCGAAGGACCAUGCUAAUAUUCGUUCUUAA